AUCGUCGCCGGGGUCAACACCAUAGCAAUGAAAUAAUUAAGCAGAAAGACAGUGGAGUUUUCAAUUCUCUGAUCUGUUCAAAGUUCGAGCCAUUCACAGAGAUUGAGAUGGAGAACCAUGAAAGGGGAAAUCACAAGCAAGAUGAUGAUCAAUACAAGGUUCAUUGCCUCAUACUACCAUAUCCAGCCCAGGGCCACAUAAACCCCAUGCUUCAAUUCUCCAAGCGAUUAGAAGCCAAAGGAGUGAAGAUCACCAUAGCUAUAACCAAGUUCUUCUUAACAACCCUGCAAGACCUCUCAAGCAGCCACCUCUCCAUUGAAACCAUCUCCGACGGCUUCGACGAGGGCGGCUCUUCACAGGCCCCGAACGGUCAGGUCUACAUCGAAAAAUUCCGAGAAGUCGGCUCCGAGACGUUGGCGCAAGUUAUCCGUCGCCUUGGGGUUGGGGGGUGUCCGGUUAGCUGCGUCGUCUAUGACGCCUUUCUGCCUUGGGUUGUGGACGUGGCGGCGGAGGAGGGGAUCUCCGGCGCCGCUUUCUUUACUCAGUCGUGUGCGGUGGAUGCGAUUUACUAUUACUGCCAACAGGGGCGGUUUAAAGUUCCUCUUGCCGGCGAUGAAGUCGUUGAAAUUCCGGGGUUGCCGUGUUUGGAGCCCAAAGACAUGCCGUCUUUUAUAUAUUCUCCUGAAGCAUACCCCAAGGCCUUGGAAAUGCUUAUGAACCAAUUCUGCAAUGUUCAGAAGGCCGACUGGGUCCUGGUCAACACUUUUUACGAGCUCGAAAGCCAGGUAAUUGAUUGGAUGAGGAAGUUAUGGGUGGUUGGGGCAAUUGGGCCAACUGUACCAUCAAAGUAUCUAGAUAAUCGAUUGCCAGAUGACAAAGAGUACGGUUUGAGCAUGUUCAAACCGAUGACCGAAGUUUGCAUGAAAUGGCUGGAAGACCAGCAGGAUGGUUCAGUUGUUUAUGUUUCGUUUGGAAGCAUGGUGAAAUUGCAAGAGGAGCAGAUGGAGGAAUUGGCGUGGGCUUUGAGGAGGAGCAACAGACCCUUCUUGUGGGUUGUAAGAUCCGAGGAAGCUAACAAGCUUCCAAAGAAUUUCAAAGAGGAGAUAGAAGAGGAGACGAGAGGAUUGGUGGUCUCGUGGUGCCCGCAGUUGGAAGUCUUGGCUCACAGUGCCGUGGGAUGCUUUCUGACACAUUGCGGAUGGAACUCGACAUUGGAAGCAAUAAGUUUAGGGGUGCCGAUGAUAGCAAUACCUCAAUGGUCUGACCAAGCCACCAAUUCGAAACUAGUGAUGGACAAGUGGAAAACUGGGGUAAGGCCAAAGGCAGAAGAGAAUGGUGUGGUGAAGAAAGAGGAGAUUGAGGAGUGUAUAGGGCGAGUGAUGGAGGAAGAAGAGAUGAGAGCCAAUACUAGAAAAUGGAAGCAAGUUUGCAGAGAGGCAAUGGAGGAGGGUGGAACUUCCGACCGUGAUAUCGAGGACUUCAUUUCUUGUUUGGCAGCCAAAUCCAUAACUAACUAAGACACAUUUGACGCUGCACGUAAGAUAUUUCAAUUGAGAGAUGAAUAAACUUGAACUUUAUUUAAAUAAUUGUAUUCCAUGAGCCAUGUUUGGUAGAUGAUUAUUUAAAAGGCUUAUUCAAAUAAAUUGAUCAAGUACCAUUUAA